CUGACCUGACCGUGGUUGAGCCACUCCGAAGUAACCCUAAAAAUGACUGUUGGAGUCACCCACGGUUAUACUGGCUGACGAGCACCGGACGACCGGUCAUCAAGCAAAUCGGUGGUUCCUGAAACAUCUGAAAUCGGUGUUUCAAUGGAUCGUUCUGCUUCAAUCCCUCCUUGGAUUUUGGUCAUUGAAGCCCUGGCAAGCUUCGACCAAGUGGAUGCAUCUAUUCUGAUUGAUUUGGUAAAAAGGGCUCCCGAAAUCUCUGGUGAUUUGGGGAAGAAUGCGAGGGAGAUGGUGUCCUUGAGGAUUUUGGAGAGUCUUGCUGCUCAGCGAAACGGAAGCACAAAUGCUGGUGCUUCUCGCGCAGACUCCAAAAUUGAGUUUGAUCAGGCUGAGAGCUGUGAAGAUGUAGUUCGACGCCUUGUGCGAGAGAUCCCUGCAUCAAAUUUGGAAAUGGAUAGCCCAGAGAUGUUGAAAUGGGACAUUCAAUCCUUUGUUUUGCGUAAAAGAGCCUGCUUACCAAAAUGCACCUUACUACAGCUGAAGGAGGCAAUUCUUAAAGGAGACAAUCCAAUUCUUGCAUCAUUGAAGGACAAGAGUGGAUUAUCAAUUAGCAACAAGCCUGCCCGUGCUGAUGUCAACUCUGUCACUGGGAGACGUGAGGGAACCUGCAGUGACGACCAAAUGAUGGCAGCAGGAGGGAACUUGGCUUCGCCAGCUCCUGAUUCAGAUGGACAUAUGCAAGAAGAUUCACCUAAUAGAAAUUUGUUACGUUCUAAGACGGACUUGAAUACCGAAGACCUGGCUGGAAAACGUGAGGAAGAUCAUAUCAGCAUGGAGAAUGGCUGUGAUCCUCAUUUCCAUAAUUCCAAGAAGCUUAAACGGGAUACCAGUUUUACCGGACAAGAUAUAGGUCAGAAGUCUGUUCCUCUGAUUCUCAAUGAACUUUCAGAAGAUUUACUUGGAAAAAAUGGACAGCAUACUGUAAGAGAAUGGUCUGGUUCGGCCACAUCAAUUCAAAUUGGGGUCUUGGACGAAAACAGGUGCUCAGAGGAUGGUCGUGAUCAGCAUAUUGAAGCUUCACAAAUUCCUGGGCAGGGUGAUGAUGCUGGCCUGCAGCAGAAUCUUCCAUCCAUAUCUUGUGACAACAAUGUGGUCACUUAUAAAGAUCUCCCUAUUGAUGAAUCUCAGUGUGGCAGCAAGCAUUGUGCUGAACUGGAAACUUUAAAUACAGUACCUGCAAAUGGAACUCAUCAAAACAAUUGUGACUACACUGAGAACAAUACUACCAAUCAAGCGAAAGAUGAUGCGGUGCAUAAUCCUGGAGAAGAAAUAUCUAGUGAUAGUGAUGGUUUUCAAGAUGAGAAGAUUGAUAUUGCCAUGAAGAAACAUACUUUCUUGAGUUCUCAGUGCACAUUCAGUCAGGAUUCCUUUACACCUGCUGACUGUUCAGAGCUUAAUCUUUGUAUGAAGUGUAAUAACAGUGGGAAGCUAUUGGUUUGUAGUGCAAGUGCCUGUCCAAUAGCGGUUCAUGAAAGCUGUUUGGGUUCUGUACCCUCCUUUGAUGACUGUGGAAACUUUUACUGCCCCUUUUGUGCAUAUUCUCGUGCAAUCUCAGAGUACAUUGAAUCCAAGAAAAAGACCUCCUUAACAAGGAAAGAUCUAUCAGCUUUCUUUGCAUCAGACAAUCAUUAUCAGGAAAAUAAACCUCCUAAUAAGUAUACUAGGCCUGAGCAGAGUCAGUUAAAGCAAGAUGACAUUGUAGGCAGAAAACAUGAUACAAACUACAAGAAAACCUAUGCAAACAAGUUCAGAAAGUAUAAACACUGGGUAGGUAGAAAACAGAAGCGGAAAACCAAAUCUUCAGCCUCACAUGGAGAAGAAGGUGUACCAGUAAACACAACUUUUCCUGCAAUUUUGGAAGGUAACACAAAGGGAGAAAAUGUGGGCCUAAAUUGCCAAUCUGCCCCUGCAUUUGAGGGCCAACCGAUUGUAUCCUGUGGGGAAGGUGUACCGGUAAACACAACAUUUCCUGUGUUUUUGGAACAUAGCACAGAGGGAAAAGAUGUGGGCCUAAAUUGCCAAUCUGUUACUGCAUUUGAGGGACAACCAAUUGUAGAACAGACUACUUGUGAGCUUGGUGAUAAUUCAUCUUGCAGAGACAUAGGGAUUGUGGAUGUGACAGAGACACCUGUUAAAGAUGGAGUACAGCAGGAAGUUUUACUACAACCAAUUACUGAUCCACCCAGCCGAGCUACUUCUCAGCCAAAUAUUGGUAUGGUGGAAAGUUCUGAAGAAGAAAAUGAUCAGAUGGCUUCUCAUUACUGCAUAAGAUUCCGUAAACAAGAAAAGCAGUACACCUAUCCGUUAAUUCCUAUGUUGAGGCGAAAGAAACUACCCUGGACAGCAGAGGAGGUGGAGAUGCUACAGAUCAGCAAGAGGCAAGGCUGCCAGUGGUCAUUGGAUAGCCGCCGGAGCUUCCAUGCACCAGCAACCUAUGCCAGAGGCUCGCUCGCCGACAAACAGGUCAUGCAUGAGCCUCAGCUCCGGCUUACACUGGCCAACUGUAUUCUAUCGUUAGGGUAUCUGGAGGCAGGCGUGAAGAGAUUUUCAGGUGCUAAUGAUAGAAGUUUCCCGUGGAAGCAGAUUCUGGAAUUUGGAAGCAACGUGUUUCAGAGAGGGCGCACCCCAGUAGAUCUCAAAGACAAAUGGAGGAAUAUGUGCAAAGAUAGCCCAAAGCCUAAGUGAAGUUUUUGUAACUUGUUAGGGCUCUCUGCCUCUGCAUGUGAAUAUGCCAUAUUUUGGGCUUAGCUUCCGAAGCUUGAUUAUUGUGUUGGACAGUGAUAAUUUCCGUUUUGAGCAUCCAUAUUAGGUAAUGUAGAAGUUAUAUGGAAAAGACUUAUUUUGUUUCUCAACCAUUAAUUAAUAUGUUUGCUGGUAAUGUUUUCACUUUUA